UCCAAUUAGGGCGGUGGCAAAGAACAAAAUAUCUCUCUACUUCCCGAUUCCCAUACUGCAAUCAAAUUCCCAUUCCCACAACUCAAUCAAAAGCUCCACAACCAGAAAUGGCCGCAGCCAGAACCAUGUCGCGUUCUUUAUCCAUUUUCUUAACGGAGCCAUCGCGACCCCUUCACUUCUCCCCUCCUUCUUCUUCCUCCUCCUCCUCCUCCUCCCUUCGAACCAACCGAUCCUUCACUCACAGAUUGUAUUGCAAUGCCCGGAGAAUCAAUGCCCGAGGUUUUCAUUUCUCUAAACCAACUCUUCUGAAUUGUUCCUACGAUGACACCCAAUCGACGUCUUCCUCUAAUCAGGACGGUCAGGACCCCCCUCAGGAGGCUGUUUUGAAGGCAAUUUCAGAGGUGUCUAAGACAGAAGGGAGGGUUGGGCAUACCACGAAUAUGGUACUUGGAGGAACAGUGACUAGUGAUUCUUCCAAUGAGUGGCUCGCUCUGGAUCAAAAGGUGAACUCGUACCCUGGUGUUAGAGGCUUUACAGCGAUUGGAACUGGAGGAGAUGAUUUUGUGCAAUCUAUGGUUGUUGCUGUGGAGUCUGUCAUCCAACAACCAAUUCCUGAGGGCAAGGUGAGGCAUAAAUUAUCAGCAAAAGGGAAGUACAUUUCGGUAAACAUAGGACCAGUUCAAGUAAUUUCCAGUGAGCAGGUCCCUCUCUCUCUCCUAUUUAUUUGUUCAUUAAUGAUUCCGUACAAUUUGUUAGCAUAGUAUGCCCUCCACCCGCCAACAAACAAUGUUUGGUCAUGCUGCUUCUUGAUUUGGUCGACCCCAUCCCCAAAAUAAAUAAACAAUAGGUUCAUGGUAUGUAGUUUUUCUAUCUAACAUUUGCCAACCUAAUCAAAUCUCAUCCCUGAGGUCCAAA